ACAACCGUGGAGAAAUAACAACACACGAAACACACAAUGAACAAAGAAGUUUGCUCCAACAUUGGACUUUGGUUAUUAUUCACGUUACUUCUUAGUAACUAUGUCGUCGAUCUCGAAGCCUCGCACCAUGUCUACAAUAGACUUAGCCAAAGCACUAACACCAAACCUCCUUCCGUAAACCAGCCCUACCGGACCGGCUUCCAUUUUCAACCACCCAAAAAUUGGAUGAACGAUCCUAAUGGCCCUAUGAUAUACAAAGGAAUAUAUCAUCUUUUCUACCAAUGGAACCCAAAAGGUGCCGUGUGGGGUAACAUCGUGUGGGCCCAUUCCACGUCAACAGAUUUAAUCAGCUGGGCUCCACAUCCUCCAGCUAUCUUCCCAUCUCAACCGUCCGAUAUCAACGGAUGUUGGUCCGGUUCAGUUACAAUUCUCCCCGACGGCAAACCGGUUAUCCUCUAUACCGGAAUCGACCCCAAGAACCAACAGGUCCAAAACAUAGCUGAGCCUAAGAACCUCUCCGAUCCAUAUCUCGUAGAAUGGAUAAAGUCGCCGUUAAAUCCUCUGAUGGCUCCUGACGCCGUCAACGGAAUCAACGCCAGCUCGUUCCGUGAUCCAACCACCGCGUGGCUCGGCCACGACAAGAAAUGGAGAGUGAUCAUCGGAAGCAAGAUCCACCGUCGUGGACUAGCGAUCACUUACACGAGCAAAGACUUUCUAAAAUGGGAAAAAUCUGCCGAGCCUUUGCAUUACGACGACGGAAGUGGAAUGUGGGAGUGUCCUGAUUUUUUUCCCGUGACGAGGUUUGGCUCUAAAGGCGUGGAAACGUCGUCGUUUGGUGAACCUAAUGAGAUUUUAAAGCACGUGUUGAAAGUAAGCUUGGAUGACACGAAACAUGACUAUUACACGAUCGGUACGUAUGAUCGGGUUGGGGAUAAAUUCGUACCGGAUAACGGGUUUAAGAUGGACGGUACGGCUCCGAGAUACGAUUACGGGAAAUAUUAUGCGUCAAAAACGUUUUACGACUCGGCUAAGAACCGGAGAAUUUUGUGGGGUUGGACUAACGAGUCAUCAUCGGUUGAGGAUGAUGUUGAGAAAGGCUGGUCCGGUAUUCAGACGAUCCCGAGGAAAAUUUGGCUUGAUCGGUCCGGCAAGCAGUUGGUUCAAUGGCCAGUUAGGGAAGUAGAGAGAUUACGUACGAAGCAAGUCAACAUACGCAACAAAGUUUUAAAUUCAAGAUCUAGACUAGAAGUCUAUGGUGUGACAGCUGCACAGGCGGAUGUGGAGGUUGUGUUCAAAGUGAGAGACUUGGAGAAAGCGGAUGUCAUAGAACCGAGUUGGACUGAUCCACAAUUGAUUUGUAGUCAGAUGAAUGUGUCGGUUAAGUCCGGUUUAGGUCCAUUCGGUUUAAUGGUUCUUGCAUCUAAGAACUUGGAGGAGUAUACAUCGGUUUAUUUUAGGAUCUUCAAAACUCGUCAAAAUCGCAAUAAGUACGUUGUGGUCAUGUGCAGUGACCAAAGCAGAUCUUCACUGGAGGAAGAUAAUGACAAAACAACUUACGGAGCUUUUGUGGACAUUAAUCCUCUCCGGCCAUUGUCCCUCAGAGCCUUGAUUGAUCAUUCAGUAGUGGAGAGUUUCGGUGGAAAGGGAAGAGCAUGCAUUACCUCAAGAGUGUAUCCAAAAUUGGCAAUAGGAAAAAGUUCACAUCUCUUUGCUUUUAACUAUGGAUCUCAAAGUGUUGAUGUUGUGAGCCUAAGCGCUUGGAGCAUGAAGUCUGCCCAAAUCAGUUAAUCACGUACGGCGGAGAUAGAUACACAUACGUAUAUACAUAUAUCUCCAUUUAUUGAGCAUUUAUAUUAUAUGAUUGUGGAGAUCUUAUAAGGGUUAAUUUGUUUGGUUGCCAAAAAGAAAAGGGGUCAAAAUUUGUUUCUUUGAAAUAAUUUUCAAGUUAUAUGACAUUUUAUUUGACUUCACAUAGUAUUGUUUUACUA